AUGGGCAGCUCAGUGAAAACCUUCAUUUUCCUAGACCUGGAAACUACUGGUCUAAAUAAAGACCUUCCCAAAAUCACAGAGCUUUGCUUGGUGGCUGUCCAUGCAUCUUCACUGAAGACUCCAACAACCAAUGACUUAGGGGAGAUACAGCUACCUCGAGUGAUGGAUAAGCUUUGCCUUUGCGUAGAUCCAGUGAAGCCCCUCACUCCAAAAGCCUCUGAAAUUACUGGCUUGGACAAUGAGCUACUGAGAAUUUGCGAGAAGCAAACAUUUGAUGUGAGCCUCAUCAACACCUUCCUCGAGUUUAUAAACCGCCAGGCUCAGCCAGUUUGUCUGGUGGCCCACAAUGGCUUUAACUAUGACUUUCCCCUGCUAAAGACUGAGCUUAACCAACAAAAUCAUGACCUCUCCAGCUCCAUCCUGUGUGUGGAUUCACUUCAAGCCUUCAGAUAUCUGCAUAAUCAAGGGGGAGCGAGGCGAGGGAAGUUUUCCCUAAUAGAAAUUUACCGACAGUUCUUCGGCAAAGAGCCUAACUUUUCCCAUUAUGCAGAAGGGGAUGUGUUGACCCUCAUUCUUAUCUUCAUUUGCAAAGCAGAGAGUCUUCUUGACGUAGCCAGUUACAAGCAAUGGGGUGAUAUCGAACCAAUGUACUAA